AUGCCUGGCCCCAAGCGACCCAGGACCAUACACAUCCGCAAAUCGAGCUCAGCAUUAGCAACAAGGUCACCUCUAUCCGGCAAGUUCCCACGAAGACCGACCCACGGCAGAGUAGGAUGGCACGACAACGACCCCGAGAAAGCCAAUGACCCUUCUGAAGGACCAGUCAUACUCCACGACAUCGACCUCCUGGCCGAAGAGAUCGCGGCUGCGGACCAGGCUCAAAACACAUUGGAGCCGAAACUAGACCUGAAGGGAUGGCGGCUAGUCGUGGUCAUGCUGUCUAUUUUCACCGGCCUCUUCCUCAGUUUCUUGGACACUUCAAUCGUGGCGGUAGCAUUAGCGACUAUUGCGUCCAGAUUUGAGUCCUUCCAGAACAGCUCAUGGGUCUUCACGGCAUAUCUGGUAACAUACAUGGCCUUCGGGAUAAUCCUCGCCAGGCUGUCAGACUUCCUCGGCCUCAAGACCGUCGAGGUGAUGAGCAUGACGCUCUUCCUGGCCUUCUCUGCGGCAUGCGGUGCUGCACAUAACAUGACCCAGCUCAUCGUUUUCCGCGCACUACAAGGCAUCGGUGGCUCCGGCUUGUACUCGAUGUGCACCAUCAUUGCUCUUGCUGCAGUCCCACCCAGCAAGAUCGACGAGAUGGCUACGUAUGUGAGUGUCACGCAAGCGAUCGCUGUCGUUCUCGGCCCUAUACUCAGCGGCAUCAUCACCCACGAUACCGAUUCAGACAACUGGAGAUGGAUCUUCUACCUGAACUUGCCUUUGAUGUUUCUGGCUCUCCUUGGACUGCUGGUCGCAUGGCCGAAACGCACGCGAGGACAGGAUGGCAGGCCGUACCGGAUGAGCUUCAAGAGCUUGAAGGCUAUCGACUUUGUUGGCUCAGGUCUCCUGCUGACAGCCAGUGUCAUGCUUAUCUUUAGCUUGCAAGAGGCGGGUGCGCAUGUGUUUGAUUGGGACAGCGGCGUUAUCAUCGAGAGCUUCAUCAUCUCUGGCGUUGCUUUCAUCGCCUUCCUGGGCUGGGAAGCCUGGAUUGGUGGGAAGAAGGAUUUGGUGCUGAAGCCAAUAUUUCCGAUCAGGGUCGCUGGAAAGAGGGUCAUGUUUUCGGCAAUUCUGCGUAGUGUGACAGUUCUCAAUGGCUUCCUUUGGUACCUCAUCGUCCUCACACUCCCCGACCGCUUCCAGCUCAUCGCAGGCGAUAACCCCACCAUCGCCGGCGUUCGCCUCCUCCCGAUGGUUGUCAGCGCAGCAGUGGGCACUUUCCUUGCCGGCGGUCUGUCGAGAAGAUGCAACUUGACCGCCUACACCACAAUCGUGGCCUCUGCUAUCCAGCUGCUCGGGUAUGGUCUGAUGACUACCCUCGGCGCUUCGGACAGUAAGAAUAUCAUGGCGAAGACGUAUGUUUUUGAGGUACUUCUCGGGCUGGGGUUUGGAAUGUCGAUUGCUUCGACGACGAUUUUGACGGUCUUGCGGUUUUUGGCGCAGCCCGAGCAUACGGCUGUUAUGCAAGGCUGCAUAAGCCAAAUGCGCUCCCUCGGCGGCUCGAUCGGCCUCUCAAUCUCGACCAUCAUCUUCAACCACUACCUCCGCACCUCCUCCGACUUAGGCCUGCUCCUCGACCAAUCAGAGCUCGAAGCGCUCCACCGGAGUCCUUUAGUGCUCGAGACGAUGGAUCCGUACCAACAAGACGCGGUCGUCGAUGUGUACGCGCAAGCCUUCCGGGCGCAGAUGAGAGUCGCGACGUGCGUGGCGGCUGCGGCAUUCGUGCUGAGCUUCGGAUGUCUGGAAAGAGACCCUCCUCCUCCGGGUGGGCAGGUGGCGAGGAGGAAGAGCAUCGCUUCUGUGAAUUAUGGAUAG